CAUCUGGUGAUGUUGGUGGUGCCAGGCAGAACAGUCGAUAAAGCCAGACAGUGGUCAAUGCCACCAGCCAAAGUGGCAUUUCACCAUCGCAAUCAGUCCGUUGCCAGGUGUUGAUGGAUUGGGUGGCUGAUGAUUGUCCCCAGUAAUCUAUGCCGAUAGCACCGCCUCUGCUCUGGUCUGGUCUGCUCUGCUCAUAUCUGGUCACUCUUGAUCGUGGCCGCAUCCGGCCGCUCUUGACUGAAUCCUCGCUGGGAUGCCUGGUCGUUUCUCAGACCCCUUGAUUGUCUUUCUGCUUCACCCGAUCGCAGCGAUCCUGUCCGUGGUGCUGCUCUGUGCGCCAUCGCUCAUCAACUCUUGCCGGCUCCCGUUCCACCCUGCUUGCAUCGCCGUGGCCAUAUCGCCGUGGCCAUAUCGCCGUGUUCAUAUCGCCGUGUUCAUAUCCCGCUUCACAACAUGCACAAGCACCCCCCUCCUCUGCACCGCACCACAAGCACAGAGGCACACGGUGUAUUCUCGAUCCACAUUGCGCACCCAUCGACGACCAAAGGCAUCUGCUUUCACUCCGUCCUCCUCCGCCCACCGCUCGAUCGAACCUGUUUGUCUUGUCGGCGGGCCUGUUGGUUGGCCGCCUUGUCGCUUCCCCUCCAAUCAUUCCCUGGACGACAGGUGAAAAUCUGCUUCCAAGCUCAGCCAAACC